GCCUACAUGGUGCCUCGCGAGAUACGUUUCGUUGAGGCACUGCCGCUCACUGCAUCGGGGAAGGUCGACCGGCGAGCACUGCUCGAGUCAGCGCAUGUUCCCGGUGGACAGAACCGAGCAGGCAGUCCGGCAGCUGGAAGUGCGAGGGAAGUGCUGUUCUUGGCCCUGGGAAGCCACCCUGGUGCCUCCUUAGACCUGGGGGCUUCGCUGGCAGAGCUGGGGGUAGACUCGCUGACGGCAGCCCCCCUAGCAGAGAGGCUGGGCCGCGAUGUGCUGUACGGGCGAGAGGACGUUCCCUUGGAAGUGCUGCUGGGAGACGGCAGCCUCGCAGACCUGUGUGGGUACCUAGAGGAGCGCCAGCAGAUUCUCAGUCGGACAAGUCCUGGCGAUGCUCAGAAACAGCGUGGCGGCUUCACCUUCGAGCGUUGCUGCCGGGACUCGGACGACUCGUGCCGGAUCUCAAGGUGCGGCGUGGGCUUCUUUGCGAACGAGACAGAGAGGGCGUGCCUCCUGCCCCCGGGACUGCCCGUCCCUGCUCCAGUGCGGAGCCGAUACGGGGUACACCUGCGUCAGGAAGGAGACGUGUGGCAGAUUGCUUCCGAGAGGACGGAACCGGCCGAUGCGAAAGCUGCGAUAUUCCCGGAUGCGACAAAUGUGCGGACGUGGAUCAAUGCGCUCGAUGUGGCAGUGGAUUCGAGGAGCUAUCUGGCAGAUGCAUCUUCACUGACUCAGCUGAUGGGGCUUCAUAUGCCAAAGCUGUGUGAGUGGAGGGCGAAGAUGCUGUGGAAAGCAGUCGGCAUCGUGGGAGUCUUUCUCUUUGUUUGGGCCUGCUUCGAUAUUGCCAUGGCUCAUGUCAAAGAGCGGACGAAUCACGUGGCGCUGAAGGCAGGCUACAUCUCUCGCUGGCGCGCAAAGCUUCGAAACAACUACGCUGCGAAGACGCAUCAGUUACUGUUUGCGCUGGUGGCUGCCGUUGGCAUCUGGCUGUCGGUCCUGGCGUACCAUUUUGCACCACAGUGGAAGCCAAAGCAGCUGGACCCGACAAUGGUGUGGAAAUGCAACCUUGAACACCUUCAGGGCCCCGACCAGUGGCACGGUUUCUGGGCGGCGCUGAACUACGCUGGUUCCUCGUCAGCGACAACUGUGGAUGUUUCCUGUUUUCACCGUCUUGAAGUGACAGCUGAGAAAGAGCUUGCACAAUUCGCGGUCGUCAAAGAAGGUGCGACAGUGAUGUCUGCGAUCUUCCUCAUGUGGCAAAGCUUGCAGUGGACGAGCAUGACGCACGACACGGAGGGAGACAUAUGCCUGCAUUUCUACUGUGUUGAGGCAUCCGGCUUCCCGGAAGAUGCAACUGACAAGGAAGAAUUGGCGGCAUACUUCAGUCGGGCUUUGGUUGAUCUCGGCCUUCCGCCAGAUGGAGUCGAGCACAUUUCCAUAGGCUACAAGUUCACUCCAGCUGAAGCUCUAUGGGUGGAGCAAGCCAUGGAGAGGCAUCUGGCAGAGGAGGAUGCAAAUGUCUCCAGAAGUGUUGGCGAAGCCGAAAUGAUGGAGUUGAAAGCCAUGACUGCCGAUUUCAGCGUCAUGUGUGGCACCCCUUUCUCGUGCCGCGGGACGUCUGUAGACCCGCAAAGUAUCUGCCAGAACGAAGACCUGGAUGAGCUGAAUGCGGAUCAAUUCCCGAGCUCCGGUCUCGUGCAGCUUGCCCAACAAGCGGCAGAUUUGCAGUCGCAGAAAAUUGAACCUGUCGUGACGAUCGGGCAAGCCAUGUCCAGGUUUGUUGUUUUGAAGAUGGAGCCAGUGGCUGUGGCACUUGCAAGUGCGCAAGUCUUGCCAGGCCGCUUCCGUGGGGUGCACGAGAUCAAAGUCAAGCGAUGCCAAAGCAGCCCGCAAGUUCCCCGGUCAUGCUUCGUGCUGCUGCUGGCCCUUGCCGUUUGGUUUGGCCUCUACUUUCCCUUCUAUCGCCUCUCCAUGAGCGUUGGCUCCUACAACGUUACGUCGGACCUGGCAGUGGGUGUCUCAAACUUCGCGGGCCUCAUUAUCGCAGCUUGCUUUCAGCCAAUCAGUGCUCUGUCCAUCCUGAUUCCCAAGCUCACCGAGUAUAUGGGGUAUUGGCAUCAGAGUGAGCAGUCCCUGCGCAUUCCCACAGUUAGUUUAGCGCAGGGCACAGCCGAGGUGCGACUUUUUCGUGGGAGCCUCGACUUCGUCCAGAAAACUGCCACGAUGACAGGAAGCGACGCUCAGAAGGUCUUGUGGCUCCAUGUGGCGCCAGGUGGUGCCCCAGCCUGCCAUAUUGACCCUGUCGAGGAUGCUCGACAACAGCUAGCAGUGUCGGCAGGGUUGAAGCGUGCAAGCUUGUUUCACGAAAACUUGGUCUACCUUCUUUUCCCGUCCUAUGUGUUGUUGCCCUAUCUAGUUGAGCCAGUGGCCACCAUCGCAUUCGCCUUCUACAUCGCAGUUCUUCGGAUAGAGCGUGACGCCCGAAUCACUCCGGGGCAGGCAGAAGUUGCCAUGAUGGCACCAGAAACAGUGACCUUCUUCUUCCUCCUUCUGAUCGUUUUCAGCGGGGUGGCUUACAUCCAGUACCGCGUCCGAGUCCUGCGCUGGGACUCGGCGUGCUUCCAGGGCACAAAGAGCCUGCACGUGCCGGAGCCGCAAGAAGCCACGAAGCGUCGGGAGAUCUUGACCAGUGCCAAGGCCUGCCAAGCUGCAUACUGGUGUUUCCCUUUGGGCCUCCUCGCCGCAGCCUGGGAGCGAUCGUGGAAAGCAGUCCCAAAGAAUGACCUGUUUACUGGUUGGUACCUUGGCUUCGCACGGCCGCUCGCCUCGUCAACUCAGAAUGCGUGUUCUGUGACCAAGGCACGGCUUUACCGUCUGGAGCCUUCGGUUCCCAGCAGCCAGUUGUCCUACUCGGAGGGGGGCAUGGCCCAAGAGGGCACGCGGGGCACCGCGUCGGUCAUGGGUGGUUGGUGGUUGGACCGCUCCAAGUAUGGCUCUCCGAAGUGUUUCCUGCGAGAUCGCCACAUCGUUUGCCCCUGCUACACCUGUGCUUUGCUACCGUCAUCCUCCGAGCUUCUCUGGAAAGGUGGGACAGCUGGGCUAGCUGACUACCUGAACACCAACCCCAUCGAGGUGCUCAAGAGCCAUGAGGUGCCUGAGCUGUUCACGCGACAGCGAUUGAUUUACUAUCGACCCGACAAGGAGUAUCUGCAGCGACGAGCUUGCAAGUUCACAGCAGGAGCAAAGAACGAUCAGACGAUUGCACGAGACAACGGCUUCGUGAUGAGUAUGCUGGAUCGCAUGCAUGCCGAUGCGAACUCCGUGGUGCUGCGCCCAGAGGGCACUGCCGCCCAACUCUUCAUGCGGGCGAGAUCCGGCUCAGAUUCUGAGACAGGCUGGGAUUCCUCGUUUACCUUCGAUCGGUGUUGCAGCCUGACAGCUGUGAAGCGCUACGCGGACUUCAACUUCGACCCGCCCCAGAAGCUGCACUACGAGCUGUUCCACCUCGAGCGUGAUAACAAGCCUAGGCUUGGACCCGUGCAGGAUGACGAAGCACUCCUGCUCUACAGCCUGGUUCGUGCGUUGCGUCCUCGAACAAUCGUAGAGUUUGGAACUUCCAAUGGUUUCAGCGCGCUGAACUGGAUGCAUGCCAUUGCGGAGGACUUAGAUGCUCGGGUCUUCAGCUACGACAUUCUCCCGUACCCUGCAGCGCGAGCGCUGGAGGACUCCGACCCACGUUUCUUCUUCCACCAGAAGAGUCAGGCCGACUUCGAGCCAGCAGAUGUGGACGGCCGGCCGAUAGACGUGGCAUUUUUCGAUGCUGGCCACCUCAUCGAGUACAGCUUGAAAGCUUUCGAGCGGCUGCGUCCAGCCCUGGCUCCGAAUGCCUUGGUCGCUGUGCACGACACGGGUUUGCAUGCGCAGCCGGCCCGUCGCAUCUCCUCCUCCAAUAUCCACGAAUCCAUGGCCCAGCACUGGUGGGUGUUGUGCGCCAUGGUCCUAUUGUGGAGGAGCCUUGGGCUCGGAAGCUGCCGAGGCUUCGCUGUGGCCCGCGGCCCUUCAGGCAAGUCCCUCAAAGGCAGGAAGGGAGCCGGACUGAGGUUUUCGGUCCUGGCGCAGCAGCUGGAAAAGGUGGCUGCCGCAACAGGAACAGGCAGCGCGGACCGGAAGGUCGAGCUUCUCAAGGAGCUGUUCGAUCAAUCGCCCUUGGCCGACGCCAAAGCAUUGCUAAAGCUCCUAACUCGGUGGGGGCUUCACGGCUCAGCCCAGCUGCGAGUGGGGUCAGCAGUGUUGCAGGCGGCAGUUGCAGACAUGCAGCUCAGUACCGAAUCUGCUGAGGACACCCUGGCAAAGUGGCUAGCCACCGGGGAGGUGGCCGACAUCGGAGAGGGUUGGCAAAGGCUUCUUGAACAAGAGCCUCGCACAAAGAGCGCCCUGGCCAAGUUCGAGGACCUCACUGUGCAACAGGCUUGCGAAGAGAUGGGGAAGUUCACUGAGAUCGCAGACAAGGGAGCCGUAGCCCGGCGGGCGGCUCUGGCGGCGAGCCUGGCGAAUGGCUGCGGCCGCAAGUGUCCGGCUGGUGCAAAGUAUGCCUGCCGAAUGCUGCAGAAAGGAAAGAGCCUUGGCAUCGGGGCCUCGGAUAAGACUGUGGCUCUGGCGUUUGCGCAGCAUGCAAAUCUUCCCGAUGGUGGAAGGUUGCUGGAGAUCCUUGAACUGAACCCUGAUAUCGAUGCAGCAGUGGACAGCAUCAAAAACGGCAGUGCUGUGGAGAGGGGUGCGCCAACGAGCAGUGCCCGCGCCGCGCACCUGUGGUGGCCAAUCUCACCCUCCACAGCAAAACCGGCAAGGGGCAUCGACGAGGUCCUAGCCAAAGUCACGGCAAAGGGCGCCCCAUCCGGCUGGAGGGCUGAGUGGAAGUACGACGGCGAAAGGUUGCAGAUCCACGCCGAACAACGGCGAAAGAAGAUCCGCUUCGAGUUGUUCUCCAGAAACUUGAAGAACGUCACCGCCCGCUUCCCGGAGAUUGCAAAGAGCCUGAGGGGCUGUCCCUUUGAGAGCAUCAUUCUCGAUGCAGAAGUUGUGGCCGUUGAUGGCGACAAGAUCCUUCCGUUUCAGAUCCUGUCGCGACGGCCGCGGGAGGCCACACCGGACUCAAAGCGGUCGGAUGUUGCCUUCUUUGCUUUCGAUUGCCUGUUCCUGAACGGCGAAUCGCUGUUGCGACAGCCGUUGGCGAAGAGACUUGAACUGAUGCACGAAGCAGUCACGCCUGCCAAAGCGAGCAGCCGCUUGAAGUUUGCAGAGGGCACAGGCUUCCGAACCCAGGAGGAGCUGCAGAAGGCACUGGAUGUUGCCAUCAAGUCCUCGACGGAGGGGCUGAUGCUCAAGCAGCUGGAUGCUGAAUACAAGCCAGGAAUCCGGACCUCGACAUGGUUGAAGCUCAAGAAGGACUACCUGGACAGCGCGCUCAGCGACGCCAUUGAUGCUGUGGUGGUUGGAGUCAAGCGUGGAAAAGGAAAGCGAAGCAGCGUCUAUGGAUCUUAUCUGCUGGCCGUGAGGCAGACGGAUGAUGCAGAUGCCAACUACCAGACCUUGUGUGCGACUGGCACGGGCCUGACCGAUCAGGAGCUUCAGGACUACUACGACCUUUGCCGGCCGUUGGUCGGUGACGGCUGCACCGUGCCUGCGCGAUUGCAGACUGCCUGGUCUGGUUCCAUGCUCUCCGAGUGGCAGUGGAUCUCCGACAUCUCCAAGGCUCCUGUGAUGGAAAUAACUGGAGCUGAUCUGACAGUCUCUCGCAUGCAUUCUUGUGCUGCUGGACGUCUGCGGGGCACCGGUGCAGUGAAGGAGAGCGGUCUGGCUCUUCGCUUUCCACGCGUCCUGAGAGUGCGGGCUGCAGAUGACAAAUCCGCGGCGCAGGCGACGACAGCAGAGCAAGUGCUCGACAUGUACCGGAAGCAGCCAGGGGCGACUGCUGGUGCAACAAAGCGUGGGAGGAAAAGGUUAUUCACGGGUGUGUUGCAGACAUGGAAGUAG